CUGAAACCGGCCGGGCACGGAUUUGCGUGCGUGUCUCCGUGUGCUUAUGCAACUCGCGCGGCUCUGGCCUCCCACUGCCCGCCCCCCGACGCUUUCGCUGAGUGAUCGGAUCGCGCCGCAGGUGCAGCGGAGCGCGGUGGUGCCAUGAGCUUCCCGCUCGUGCUCCUCUGCAGCGAGAUCCCGCGGCCCGUCGUCGCGCUGUUCAAGCUGUUCCAAGCCGUCGCGCUGGCCUUCGUGCUGGCGCUCUGCUUCCUCGGCCUCUACGAGUUCCCCUACACCGCCGAGGACCACGCCCCGCUCAUCCACGGCCGCCGCCGCCAUCCCCUCGGCGACGGCCUGCAGCCCGAGAAGGUGAAGCAGAGCCUCCCGUUGGUCGAGUACAUGCACCUCGCCGAGCUGUCGCCGUCGCCGGCGGCGGCUUGCCACGACGGCGAGAGCGGCUACCCGACCACCUGCAGGGUGUGCCUGGAGGGGCUGGAGGCGACGGACGAGGUGAGGCGGCUGGGCAACUGCACCCACGCCUUCCACAUCGGCUGCAUCGACCGGUGGAUCGACCUGGGCGAGGUGACGUGUCCUCUCUGUCGGUCCCACCUGCUGCCGCGUCAGCGGAGGGGCCUGCUUGGCAGUAGGCGGUUCGGCUAAUUGUUGCCAUCGAGGGGGGUAUUUUCGUCAUUUCAGGCUGUACGUCUCGCCAUUGCUGCUGGAUGGGUGCGGUCCAACCGCAGACUGAUUCCGAUUAGGACGACUAACCACCGAGCAGUACCGGUGCAAAAUCAAUUGAUCGCUGUGCUCACGCGAAAAUUAAUGGCUUCUUGGAAUUCCGCGCGUGUACUUUUUUGACGCAUAGUUGCAUCCCACCAGAUGUGUACUGUACACCGUUUAGCUUUUGGGUUCAGACUGCUUGCCAUACGCCCAUGCGGCUAUGUUGCUGUUGAUCUGUUUGAUUGAUCCGCCUCAGCUGCAUCGGAUCGAUGUGUAACUAAACCAUGUAUUGAUGUAUAUAUAAUCACAAUUAUGGUAGUAAGGUGGCA